AUGAAUCUCUCAGAAAUAGCAAAGCUCUUCCUCAUCGUUAUAUCGAUUAGCCAUGGGGGGGCUGCAUCCGCCAAAGCCGAGUUCCAAGCUCCUACGCUUAUUGUUGGCUCAAUACUAGACCAUAACAGAAUCUCUCGGUCAAUCGACCGACCUCUGCUUGCCGAAGGCUUCAAGAAGAUCAUUCAAUUGACGGAUCCUGGUGCUCUAUUCCAUCGAAAGUCCCAAGAGUCGCUAAAAGGACGCGACAAGAUUUCUGUGGCUGGGCUAUCGAUCAUGAAGCCAGGCACUGGUGACGAAGUCGACAAGGAAAAGACUAGAGCUGACUUGACGAAACGUCAACUCUCCCCCGGGAGCAUCCAGGGCAGAUCCGCAUCGGAAGCAUUUCCAUGGAAGGGCCUCAAUCCCGAUGGGUCAUACCUUUGGACCAGGACAGUCGUAUGCAUGGCAAUCUGCGAGAGAAACACCUACCACAUGAGAGAGACUUUGAGGGGAAAGGGAAGAUUGCAAUCAUGUUUCUUGAAGUGCAAGUCUGAUGGUUCCAUGACCGAUAUAACCGGCGAGGUCUAUCAGGAGAGUUUCAGGGAUGAUUUCGCACCAGUGAGGUAUUACCAGGGGUAUCUCGAUUAUAUCAUGGGCAAAAUUGGUGUGCAUCCUAAUAGGUUCCCGGAGUGGAGACAAUCGUAUUGA